AUGGUAGACCUGACCGACGAUGACAAUGAGGACGACCCAUUGCAGGGUUUGUAUAGUCCCGGGGAAUACACGGGAUCACAACUAGAUGGUGGAGAGAAAGUGCGCCUCUGCAAUCCGUGUGUUCCUGAUCCACAGCCUGACCCUCUACCACACUAUCCUCAUUUUCAUAAUGAAAUUGGUGGCUCUCACGCAGCGCUACCCUGGAGUUCUGAAGCGCGAUCAAAUCGCGUCCCACCACCUCCAGGUCUGUCGCAAUCAGCAGGGGUUUACGAUAGAAGCAGCUCAUUGUUCCGGCCCUUCAGGGGCAGUUUCCAUCACCCGAGCUCGUUUGCCCAAGACGCCAAUGGCCAUUCGCAUGCUCGAGACAGCGGUUCGUCCUGGUUUGGCUCAUACGGUGGGGGAACAUCGCCAACCGACCGUCGUUUGCCUGACCCGUCUACUUCAAUUGCCAGUCGAGGCUUCCCGGGCUCUUCCAGGGAUAACCUACCGCAAGAUAGCCGAUCAUCAUUCACCAUGACACGUCCUACCUAUCCCGACAGUCGCCAGCCUCGGACGGAGCCCCACGGCAAUGCCCCCAUCGGGUCGCCUCAUGCGACUUCAAGCGGUGCCAACGAACGGCCUCGUCGAAUGAAUCCCGGCGUAUUCGAUGCUUCUUCCCGCCCUAGACUGGAUGAAAGGGACUUUUGUCCUAUCUGCCGGCGACCCCUACCGCCCAAGGGACCGAAUGGCGACGAGACCGCUCGAGAAGCGCACAUCAUGGACUGCAUUAGUGCUCGAGACCCGUCAUAUCGUGCCCAGGGCGGUGGAGGAGGAGAGCCAUCUCAAGCCAGGAUUCACAUGCUCCCCUUCACGGCGACGGAAAAGGACUGUGUCGGUCAGGACGGCAGUCCACAAGAAUGCUCGAUAUGCAUGGUGGAGUACAAUGUGGGUGACGAACUGGCACGGUUGGAGUGUUUGUGCAAGUUUCACAAGCAAUGCAUUGUCGAGUGGAUUGGCCACAAGGCAGAGUGCCCGGUGCACAAGCUGAUUACAUGA